ACGGGUUUGGGGUCAAGGGGGCCGUGAGUCAUGCCAAGGGGACGAAAUGCCAGGGGGCAUCAGCCAGAGGUGGGUGGGGGCUUUGCAGCUUCUGCAGGGGAGGAUGGACGCCGUCCAAAAGAGGUGGGGAAGACUUGGCGGCUUCACAUCACAUCACACAGGCACACAAAGAACGUCUAGCUGGAACGCACACAGAUGGAGCAGACAGCCGUCCGAUUGAGGUUUUGAAGGGGCAUCCAGAUACACAGUUGGGAAAGAGCCAAGGCAGAGGGAGAGCAAAAGAAACAGAUUUUGAAUUUUGAAUACUGUUCUGCUGGCUUUGAUAUGGGAAAGUCGGGAACUUUUCUCGCAGCUUUCUUCUGUUGGCAGCUCUUUGUUCUCUUCCUACUGAAAGAAGCCGUUGGACAGAGCAAACAGACCAAAGGCCGAGUCUGUGCCCGAAAUACAUUACGGAUCCCCUUAGUCUACAAUGAGACGUAUGCCAAACCUCAGCACCAACCCUACUUAAAAACGUGCCCAGGACCUCGGAUAUGCAGCACUUACAGGACCACUUACAGAAUAGCCACUCGGCAAGUGAAGAAGGAGAUUUUGCAGAGCAACGUCAUCUGCUGCCAAGGUUGGAAGAAGCGGCACCUUGGAGACACCAAGUGUGAGGAAGCUAUGUGUCACAAGCCAUGCCAGAAUGGAGGCAUCUGUGCCCAGCCAAACAAGUGUCAGUGCCAACCAGGAUGGGGUGGACGGUACUGCCACGUUGAUGUGGAUGAAUGCCGGGCAUCCAUUGAUUUUUGUCAACAACACUGUGUUAACACUGAGGGGAGCUAUUACUGCCAAUGCAAUCCUGGCUAUGCCUUGGAGCCAGAUGGCAAGAGCUGCCGUGUCCUUCCCACAGCCCAGGCUGCCCCUUUGCUCAGCAUCAAAGGUCAAGUUUUAGGGAUUCAAGAGACAAUCCCGAAUGAGAUCCAGGAGCUUCAAGCCAAAGUGGAGCAGCUGGAAGAGCGCCUUGAACGGGCCAUCUCCGUCUUACCCUCGACCCUGGAGCCCGCCCAGAUGAAAGAGAUGUGGAGUCGCCUCCGUUACCUGGACCAGGUGGAGUCGCUCAGUGACCAGCUCCUUUUUCUUGAGGAGAAAUUGGGAGACUGUGCCUGUCAGAACGGCAAAAACGGCUUUGGCUAUGACAUCGCCCGGUGAUACCUGCAUCCUUGGAGUCAGAAGUGGAUUGAUGGGAAACCUGCCUGCUGACUUCUAACUGCAUGCUGGUGGCAAUUGUUUUGCAGAAUUCAAGUUAAUACCUUCUCCCUUAUUUAUGCUAGUGGACACCUAUCACUAACAGAGAGCAAACUAUAUGGAAGGAGAAGAGUUGUACAGGACUGUGUGUAUGUGCUGCCAAGUCACCUGUUGAUUUACAGAGACCCCAUGCAUUUUGUAGGGAUACUCAAAGGUGGUUUUGACAAUUCCUUCCUCCAAACUAUAGCGCACAGCUUCUGGUAUUUGUUGGUGCUCUCCCCUCCAAGUAUUAAUCAGGGCUGACCUCGCUCAGCUUCCAAGAUCAGAUAGAAUCUAUUUUGCUUUGGGUAUUUGAGCCCUUCUACAGGAUUGAUUAAGUAAUGUCAUAUUGAUGGAAGUAAGCUUUAAAAUCGGAGAUCUUCUUGAAGCAUUCAAGGCCAACACAAAAAUAACUGACAAGGCACCUUUAAGGAGCUUGAAAUAUUAUAAUCCCCUAUGUAAACUCAGUAGUAAGUAUAGUCAGCCCUCUACACUUACAAAUUUGAUUAUUCAUGGAUUGGUCAACAGCAGAAAUUAUGAUGGGGGACCUAGAGAUUUGUAGAGGUAUAUCUUGAGGUUAAAAAAACAGUUUAUUUAAAGUGUUGUCGAAAAUUUCAUGGCCGGAAUCACUGGGUUGUUGUGAGUCUUCUGGGCUGUAUGGCCAUGUUCUAGAAGCAUUCUCUCCUGACGUUUUGCCCACAUCUAUGGCAGGCAUUCUCAGAGGUUGCGGAGUCUGUUGGAAACUAAGUGUGAGGUUUAUGUAUCUGUGGAGUAUCCAGGGUGUUGGAAAGAACUCUUGUCUGUUUGAGGUACGUGUGAAUGUUGCCUUUUGUCACCUUGAUUAGUAUAUGUACCAUGCAGCUGUGGACAAGUCUAUAUUGGGACCACCAAACUGAGGAUGCCUGCCAUAGAUGUGGGUGAAACGUCAGGAGAGAAUGCUUGAGAGAAUGUUAUGGCCAUGCAGCCCGGAAGAAUUACAACGACCCAGCUUAUUCAAAUUUGUGGUUUUACUUUUACAGGAGGCCUGUGCCCCUAACUCCAGCGAAUGUAGACGGGUGACUGUACUAUCAAGUUUAAUAAGAGUGUAUAUGAUUGCUAAUGUUUGGCUCUAAAGAUCUAAACAUGAUUAAUUAUAGCUGAAUUGUAUUCCAUUUUAAAGUAAAGAGAUCUCCUGCCCAG